GAAUUAUUAGGAGCGGGCGGGCCAGAUAUCCUUGCUGGGCCGUGCCUUCCCCUGGCCCAUGCAAACCCGGGAGCCCAGCAGCCAGGUGAUCCAGAGUCUCUGUACGCUCGGCUUCUCUGCUUCUUUCUUCUUCCUCCUCCCUCAAGCCGACCUACGCCUCUGUACGCUCGGCGAGCCCGAGAAAAGUGCGGGAUGAAGACGAGGUCGCAGACCACCCCGAAGCCCCUCAAUACGGUGCGGCUGCCCCCCGUAGAAAGCCCCCGCACGAGGUCGAGGCCGAAGCCGAAGCCGGAGACGCGGAAGAAGGGGACCCUCGGCGACCUCCGCCGCCCCAAGAAGCCCCCAACCGCCUUCUUCUAUUUUAUGGAGGAUUUCCGGAAAACGUUUCAGGAAGAAAAUCCAAGUGUAAAAGCAAUGCAGGAUGUAGGGAAGGCAUGUGGUGAGAAAUGGAAUAAAAUGGCAUUUGAGGAAAAGGUGAAGUAUUAUGAUCUAGCUACCGAGAGGCGUGCUGAGUUUGAGAAGGCGAUGGCUCAAUAUAACAAGAAAAAGAUAAAUGGUGAAUUGUCCGAAGAAUCAGAGUAGAAGUGAACAUUGGGUUCUGUUGAUGCCACAAGUUAACUGGAUGAAUCAUUCAAUUGUAUAUUACAUGCCUGAGCAUUGUAUGAGUUCUAUUAUCUAUAGAUGGCUAGAAUUCUAUACACCGAAAUGUAACGUCAGUGUUACAAUGACUCACUUCAGUCUCAUAUUGGCGCUAUUCACCCGAA